UGCAACAUACAAUCCUGUUUUCGUGUACUUUUUAUCUCCGAAAUUCAAUCUCAGCAAUGGAGACCAUCAACGCAAAUUGUGUGAUGCAGAACAAUCAGUCUGAAAAAAUUGCAGGGUGGUGCGUUGUACCUGAACAUCCAACUAUUACAGUUGGAUUGGAUGUGCCUCUGAGGGAAUUGAAGAUGAAGCUCUUUACUGAUGGAGUUUCGAUGGUGAUACUUACUGCCCCUGGAGGAUGUGGGAAAACUACCCUGGCUACAAAGUUGUGCCAAGAUGCAGAUAUCAAAGAUAAAUUCAAGAGCAAUAUCUUCUUUGUUACGGUAUCAAAGAAACCCAAUUUGUCCCUAAUUGUCCAAGAGCUGUACCAUCGAAUGGGUGCCAAAGUACCUGAAUUCCAAAUUGAAGCAACAGCAAUCAGCUGGCUGCAGCAAUUUCUGAAGCAAACAGGACAAAAUCCUAUGUUGUUGGUCUUGGAUGACGUCUGGGCUGGCUCAGAGUUCAUUCUUGAGAAGUUUGAUGAAUUGAAAAUGACUGAUUACAAGAUAUUGGUGACAUCAAGGUCUUCUUUUCCAAGAUUUGGUUCUCCAUAUUAUCUAGAAUGUUUGAACAAUGCAGAUGCAAUGGCACUUUUUCACCAUGUAGCAUCCUUAGGAGACAGGAGCUCUUAUAUAUCGAAAGAUCUUUCGAGAAAGAUAGUAGAGCGUUGUAUGAGAUUUCCACUAGCAAUUACUGUUGUCGGAAGAUCACUCUGCGGGCAGCCAAUAGAGAUUUGGCAAAAAAGAGUAAUGGAAUGGUCUAAAGGUUCUUCUGUUCUUGAGACUGAGCAUGAUUUGUGUAAUUGCCUCCAAAGUAGCUUAGAUGAUCUGAAAGAAGAAAAGCCUCUUUUAGGGGAAUGCUUCAUAGACCUUGGUUUAUUUCCCGAAGAUAAAAGAAUCCCUGCUGCUGUCCUCAUUGAUACGUGGGCAGAGUUAUAUGGCAUACAUGAAGACGUUUCAUCUAUUGUAAACCUCUAUGAACUUGCCUCUCGGAGUUUGGCUAAUCUGGUAGUCACAAGGAAAGACAACAAAUAUAGCGAUGGCUACUAUAGUGAACACUUCGUUACGCAGCAUGACAUGCUGAGGGAGUUGGCUAUCCAACAGAUGAUUCAGAAACCACUACAAUUGAGAAUGAGACUUAUGAUUGACAUAUGUGGAGACAACCUUCCUAUGUGGUGGAAAGAACUGAAGUACCAAUCCCUCAUCACCCGCCUUGUAUCUAUAUCGACAGAUGAAGAGUUCUCAUCUCUAUGGAAAAACUUGGAACUCCCAGAAGCAGAGGUCUUGAUUUUGAAUUUUCAGACCAAGUAUUAUGCCUUACCUGAGUUUGUGGAGAAAAUGAAUAAGCUGAAGACUCUUAUACUCACAAGUUACCAUACCAGUUCUACUGAGUUGAAUAAUUUUCAACUAGUUAAUUCGAUACCAAGUCUAAAGAGAAUCAGAUUGGAGCGAAUCUCAAUUCCUUCCAUAAGCAGGUAUCCUAUACAGUUGAAAAGUUUGAAAAAGAUAUCUCUAUUCAUGUGUAGUUUUGGCCAAGGUUUUGGUAAUGGUUCCAUAAUGUCAGAGGCGUUUCCAAAUCUUGUUGAAAUGAAUAUUGAUUACUGUAAAGAUUUGGUUGAGUUGCCUCCCAAACUUUGUGACCUUAUUCAACUCAAGAAACUCAGUGUUACCAAUUCUCAUAAGCUCUCUGCCUUACCUGAAGACAUUGGAAAUCUAGUUAAUUUAGAGCUGCUGAGGCUUGGGUGCUGUACAAACUUAUCUGAGUUACCCGGCUCCAUUAGGAAUCUUAAGAAGUUAAACUUGCUUGACAUAUCUGAUUGCUUUAGUAUUAAAGUAUUGCCUGAAGACAUUGGAGAGCUGUGCAGUUUAGAAAGGCUCAACAUGAGACAGUGCUCUAGAUUGAAUGAGUUGCCUCCAACAGUUGUAGAUCUUGAAAAGUUGAAGGAAGUGACAUGUGAUGAAGAAACUGAAGUUCUAUGGGAACCCUAUUUACCCUUUCUCAAGAGCAUACAAUUGAGGGUUGUGAAAGAAGAUAUCAACCUGAAUUGGCUACAAAAGGCACAUUGUUAAGACAUAUCUUCUCAAAGUUGUUGGAGGUCCAGAGAAGAAAAAUGGUUUUCUCCAGACUCUAAACUCCUUGCUUUGGAUGGUUUACUCCUGCAAGCAAGGGAUGAGAAGGCUAUGUUGGAUUGCUGGUUAGG